AUGCCACAAUUACUUUAUCAUCAUCAUCCACCACCGGAACCAACACCACCUAUUCCACCACGUACUCGGUCACGACCACCAUCUCGGCAACAACAGCAACCGCCGCCACCACCACCACAGCAACCAGCUUUGGUAACACCCAAUCAUCAAAAGAUAAAUUCUUUUCGAAUCGAUGAUUUGCAAUCGCCAGAUCGUGAAUGGCAAUUACUUGAAAAUAUUGGUGAUGGUACCUAUGGAGAAGUAUUUCGUGCAAAAAAUCUUCGUAAUCCAGAUUUCUAUGCGGCUAUAAAAAUUAUGCAUUUAACUAAUGAAGUUCUCGAAGAAAUUGAACAAGAAUAUCGUGUACUUCUUGAACUUUCAAGUCAUAGCAAUCUUUGUCGAUUUUAUGGUGCUUAUGUAAAACGUGGCCCACCACCAUUACCACCUCCUCCUCGUAAUCCAGUACUUUCAUCACCAGCUCCUGUUGAUAAAACAAGUCUACUAUCUGUUGAAACUAAUACAAUAAACAGUUGUAUUAGUCCAACAACAACAUCUGCAGCUUAUCAUCUCGAUCAAUUAUGGUUAGCUAUGGAAUUAUGUACAAGUGGUAGUGUUACUGAUUUAGCGAAAUCAAUGCUUAAAGCACAUGAACGUCUUGAUGAAUUUAUUAUUGCUUAUAUCAUGCGUGAAACAUUGAACGCUUUGUACCAUCUGCAUUCAAAUAAUGUCGUUCAUCGUGAUGUUAAAGGUCAUAAUAUUUUAAUUACAGGUGAUGGUCAUAUUAAAUUGAUUGACUUUGGUGUUAGUGCUUAUCUUAAUCCAAACAAUGGACGACGUAAUACUUCUGUGGGUACACCAUUUUUUAUGGCACCAGAAGUUAUUGCAUGUGAGAGACAAAUGGAUUGUAAUUAUGAUACACGUGCUGAUGUUUGGUCAACUGGAAUUACAGCUAUUGAAAUAGCUGAAGGCGAACCUCCACUUGCUGAAAUGCAUCCAAUGCGUGCACUUGUUUCAAUUCCUCGAAAUCCACCUCCUUGUUUACGUCAACCGGAAGAAUGGUCACAUGAAUUUAAUGAUUUUAUUCGCCAAUGUUUAAUAAAAGAUUUCGAAGCUCGACCUACCGUUGGAUUGAUGUUAACUCAUCCAUUUUUAACACAGAUACCGAAUGAUGGUGCUGAAGCGCGUCGUCAUAUUGUACAAAUAGUUCAAUGCAAUAAACGUUGUUACGAUUUAUGUGUUAAAAAAACGAGUCGUGAAACAUGUGGUGUUAAAAAUGGGCAUAUCAGAGGAAAAUCAGAAACAUGUUCAUCAAUGGGAAUUGAAGCCGCUUCAGCAGCAGCAGCAUUUUUACCAGCAGUUGAAACAGUUAUUCAAUCAUCAAAACGUAUGCUACAAAUGAUAACUAAACCACACGAAAGUCAUAAACGGCCAGCACCACCACCACCUGUUGAGAAUGGAUGCCUUAAUCAAAACUAUAAAACAAAACGAAAACCUCAAUCUCGACGACAACCAAAAGCUGUACCCAAUGAAAAUCCUUCAUCACAAUUUUAUUUAUAUGAUCCAAGUUCUGAAGAUGUACCUGUUCGUCAUCCAUCAUUGAUGAAAAAAUCGUCUAAUACAUUUUUCUAUAAUUCAACAUAUGAUUCAACUUAUCCGAAUAAUGUAAUUUCAACAGAUGAUCUAGCACAAUUAGAAAAUUUCGAUGAACAAGCCAUUAUAACUUAUAUGUAUAAUCGAUUUUUAUCAAAUCAAAUUUAUACUUAUAUUGGUGAUAUUCUUGUUGCUGUUAAUCCAUUCCGUUCGUUACCAAUAUAUGGUAAAGAUGCGAUGAUGCGUUAUCGUUCAAGUAUAAAACGUGAACAACCACCACACAUAUAUGCUUUAGCAGAUUUUACCUAUCAAGCUAUGUUACAUGAUUUAGAUAAUCAAUAUAUUGUUAUAUCAGGUGAAAGUGGCUCAGGUAAAACUCAGUCAGCAAAUUUUCUCGUUAAACAAUUGACAUUUCUUGGCAAUGCACCAAAUAAAAUUUUACAAGACAAAAUACUACAAAUUGAUCCGUUAAUUGAAGGCUUUGGUAAUGCACGAACAAUUAUUAAUGAUAAUUCAUCACGUUUUGGUAAAUAUCUUGAAAUGUUAUUUACAAAGCAAGGACGAGUCACUGGUGCACGUCUAUCGGAAUAUUUAUUAGAAAAAACUCGUGUUGUUAAUCAAGGACAUGCAGAAAGAAAUUUUCAUAUUUUCUAUUAUCUAUUUCAUGGUUUAGCAUCUUCUAGACCAAAUGAUGAACAAGCAUUUUAUUUAUCAAAAAAUCAAAUCUAUAGAUAUUUAAAAACCGAUUUAAAUGAUGAACAAGAUUUAUCGGAAAUUUUCAAAGAAAAAUUUGCAGCAAUAGAAAAAUGUUUUGAAAUUAUUGGAUUUCAAUAUGAUGAAAUUAAAUCAAUUUAUCGUAUUUUAGCUGGACUUUUACAUCUUGGAAAUAUAAAUUUUCAUCAGAACGAAGGCUAUUUUAUUGAUGGAAAAACAUGUUUAACGGAUCGAUAUUUAUUAAAUAUUGUUUGUGAAUUAUUUGGUUUGGAUAUAGCACAAUUUGAUUUAGCAUUAACCACAUGUAAUAUUGUUACACGAGGCGAAACAAUUCAACGUUCAACAACACUACAAGAAUCACAAUCGACACGAGAUGCAAUGGCAAAAGCACUUUACAAUCGUUUAUUUUCUUGGAUUGUUAAUCGAAUUUCGGCACUUCUUUCUCCAUCAUCUAAUAUUUCGAAGGAUGUUUCCAAUUCAAAUAUAGAUGAAGAAUCAAGUAUUCGAUCCUAUAAAGUUACUAAUUAUAAUAUAAAUAAUAACAAUAAUCAAGAUGAUCAAAGUGAAAAUGAAGUCGAUGAAAAUUUUGAUGUUGAAAACGAUUUAAAUAAUCUAAAUUUAACAACAAUAACAUCAUAUCCUCCACCAACUGUGAUGUGUGCAAUGCGCCGUACACUUGACUAUCUUGAUAAGACAUCAUCAUCUCCAACAUUUUUACUUCAAUUAAAACAAGAUGACGAUGUCAACGAUGAUGAUAUUGAUGAUAAUAUUUUAAAUUUAAAUAAUAACAAUAAUAAUAAUACCAGUACUACUUCUUCUCCAUCUCCAUCGCCUCCGAAUUCGAAUAAUAGUAAUAAUAAAUUUAAUGAUCAUCAUCAUCAUCACCAUUAUCAUCAUCAUCAUUCACCGAGUAGAAUUAAUGAUAUGAAUACUAAAUCAUUACCUGAAAAUUGUCGAAAUGAUGAAAAACAAGUUAAAAAUCUAAUCGAUAAUUGGACCAAGGUUGCUGCUGCAUCAUCAAAUUGGAUUUCAAGUCCUGAUAAAAAAAAUAAUCCUUCAUCAAAACAAGGACGUUUAAAUUUAUCAAAUCGUGCAGCAAGUGAAAUAGAUUUAUCAUUGAGAAAACAAACAGCUGAAAAUAAUCUUAAAAAACAUUAUCAAUCAUCAAAUAAUAUUGCAAUAAAUCCUAAACAAUUACCACCAUUUCCGCUUGUGGCAGUUAAACAAAAUAAAUUACCUCUUCAACCAAUGAAUGAAUUAAACGGAGAUAAGGAUGCACUCAAAAUAGCUAUUUUAGAUAUAUUUGGUUUUGAAAAUUUUUCAACAAAUUCAUUUGAACAAUUAUGCAUUAAUAUAGCAAAUGAACAAAUUCAAUAUUAUUUCAAUCAACAUGUUUUUGCAUGUGAAAGACAAGAAUAUAUUAAUGAGAAUUUGGCUGUUUUACCAUUACCACCAAAAAUGGAUUUUACAUUCUAUGAUAAUAGACCAUUACUUGAUAUGUUUCUCAAUAAGCCAGUUGGAAUAUUAGCAUUGAUUGAUGAAGAAAGUCGCUUUCCAAAAGCAACUGAUUAUACAUUGGUAGAUAAAUUGAAUGCAAACUUUUCCAAUUCUCCAUUAUAUAUAAGAUCAAAAUCAAGUUUUUCAUCGAGUUCAAUAUCUUCUGCUUCAUCGUCAACUCAUCAAUCGAUUCCAUCAUUUUCAAUAAUGCAUUUUGCUGGUCAAGUUCAAUACGAUGCACGUGGUUUUCUUGAGAAAAAUCGUGAUUAUUUAGCACCUGAAAUUAUUCAAAUUUUACGUUCAUCACAUGUUCAAUUAAUUAGUACAUUAUUUCAAUCGCAAUUAUCAAAAACAGGCACAUUAAUAGAAAACGAAGAUCAACGUUACAAUACAACGACAAUUGAAUCAAAUUUAGAUUUAACAAAUACAUUAAUGCCAUUGAAUGCUAGUCAUAAUCGUCUACAAGCAACUGUUAGUACGUAUUUUCGAUAUUCAUUAACAGAUCUCUUUUCAAAAAUGGUUCAUGGUUCACCGAAAUUUGUUCGCUGUUUUAAACCAAAUAAUGAUCGAAUACCAGGUUGUUUUGAUGGGCAAACUGUUCUUGAACAAUUGAAAUAUAGUGGUAUUUUAGCAGCGGCAAAGAUACGUCGUUUUGGUUAUUCGCACCGUAUUCCGUUUGCAAACUUUAUUCAACGUUACUCAAUUCUUGUUUAUCCAAUAACAAUGGAUCUGCCACUGACACGUGAAACUUGCGAAAAUAUUUUACAUAAAUUAAAAAUGCAAAAUUGGACUACUGGUAAAAGUAAAGUGUUUUUAAAAUACUAUCAUGCUGAACAAUUAGCACGUCUUUAUUCGGAUAUGACCAAUGCUGUAAUAACAAUUCAAUCCUAUGUACGCAUGCAUGUGAUUCGUUCUUAUGUCAAACAUUAUCAAUAUAAACAUUCAAACGAUAUUAUUAUAAAAGAACUAAAUCGGCAUCCAAAAUUUUCACGAUCAAUAUUUAUGGAUGAAAAAAUACGAGAACAAGCGGCUAUUUGUAUUCAGUCUUGUAUACGUGGUUAUAUACAACGACGUCAUUAUCUUACGUUAACUAGAAAACCUUUAACUGAAUUAACAGCUGCAAUUGUAAUUCAAAAAUGUUAUCGUGGUUUUCAUUUUCGAAAAGCUUGUUCACUUUAUAAACAACGUUUAAAUAUACAAAUGCUUUGUUUUCUGCAGCAAGUUGAAUUACUAAAUAAUGAUUUUUUUAUAAAAAUUGUCCGAACAAAUUAUUGUGUUUCAUUAAAAUCUAUUGAAUCAAUAACACAUAAUCAUAAGCAAUCGAAUAAUAAAAUUGUUCAACAUUUAUUUCCACCACCACCACCAUUACCAUUACCAUUACCAUCAUCAUUCGGAGCAUUUUCAUCACCAAUAUCAAAUUUUGAUUCAUUUAUUCCAAUUAAAAUUCCAAUAAAUACAUCGUCUUCUAUUCUAUCUUUUGCAUCCCGUUUAUCUCCCGUGUAUCAUCAUCAACAUCAACAUCAUCAUUCAAUAUUAACAUCAAAUUCAAAUCGAUCUCCAUCACCCACACAAUCGAUUUCGAAAUUUGCUCAAGUUCGAGAUAUUUUUGCUCGUGCUGAAGUAACAACAUCCGUUACUACUCAUAAUAAUAAUAAUAAUAGUAACAAUAACGCAAUAAAAAAUCAUAUUUCAAUAAAUUCAACAACAUCACAAAUAAUUCCAUGUGUUGAACAAUGUCGUAGUCCAAAAGCAACAACUGUUCUAAAUGCAGUACAAGAAUAUCAAAGACAACAUAUUAAUGUGCAUCAGCCUGCUUUUAAACGUUUUGGUCAAUUUAACCAUAGUAUCAUUGCUAAUACUAAUCGUUCAUCAAAUAUUAGUGGAGCACGAAUACGUCCUAGUGGACCAAGUAGUUUAAAUAAUAAUAAAUUACAAAAUAAACCCAAUAUUCCUGCUUAUGCUACAUCAUCUCCUAAACAACUACCGAAACCUAUUGCAAGGGAACCAUCAAUGGCUACACAACCAAAAUAUCCAUUUCAUGUUCUACUUCGUAAGACUGGUCAGGAUUUAACUACUGGACACACGCUAACCAAACGUCGAAUGAUAAAUGAAACAAAACAAAUUGAUUUUCGUAGUGUUUUGAAAUCUCGACAUACAUUAAAUGGUAGUAGUGAUAAUGAAAUACUCAUUAGAUCGAACAGUCUAUCGCAACAUAUAAAUAUGGAUAGUCGAAUGAGAAUGAAUGAUCUUUAA